AUGCAGAGAGCCUCACGCCUAAAGCGGGAGCUGCACCUGUUAGCUACGGAGCCACCCCCAGGCAUUACCUGCUGGCAGAACGCAAACCAGAUGGAUGAUCUCCGAGCUCAGAUUUUGGGUGGGACCAACACACCCUAUGAAAAGGGUAUUUUCAAGCUGGAAGUCUCCAUUCCUGAGAGGUACCCAUUUGAACCUCCAAAGAUACGCUUUUUGACUCCCAUCUAUCAUCCUAACAUUGACUCUGCAGGGAGGAUCUGUCUAGAUGUUCUAAAACUGCCACCAAAAGGUGCUUGGAGACCGUCCCUGAAUAUUUCCACCGUUUUGACCUCUAUCCAGCUGCUCAUGUCAGAGCCCAACCCUGAUGACCCUCUCAUGGCUGACAUAUCUUCAGAGUUUAAGUACAACAAACCAGCCUUCCUCAAGAAUGCCAGAGAGUGGACCGAGAAGCAUGCUCGUCAGAGGCAAGAGGCUGAAGAGAACGAGGAGGUGGAGAAUGUGCCAGAACCCAGUAACUCCAAACUUGUAGAAGCUCCACAGAAAAGAAAGGGCUCCAACGUGGGGGGACCGGAGAAGAGACUUUGUCCUGAUGCUUAGGGAGCCCAUGAGCCGACAGCAUCCCAUUGUGUCAUGGCUUCUGAUCGUGCCUCGUCUGUUUGAAUGUUUUUCUUGGUCUUUGAUGAGAGUGGAACAGUUUUUUCUCAUAAAACAGGCCUUGUAUAUUUAUGUACACUGCAGC